GACACACUUUUAUAGUGAUAAAUUCGCACGGAAAUAAAUAUUACGAAUUUGCACGUUGCUGUACAAAAUUUAGGGAUAGGAUUAUGGCUAUGAACAGCCAAAAGGCCUCAUGUUAACUGACAUGUUGACACAUUUUCUUAAAUGCUUAAAAAAAUAUGUCUUCCUCCGCAACUGCAAGUGUUCAGGUUCACAAGCUAACAGGAAAUCCUUCAAAAGCAUGGAAGGAGUUAUCAGUAGAACAGAAAGUUGAAAAGGUUAAGCCACUCCCCCAUGACACGCCCAUCUGUGCGGACAAGCUGCGCGUGGUGUGUAUAUCAGACACCCAUACAAGACUUGAGAGGUACCCUGAGAGGGUCCCCAGUGGAGAUAUACUCCUUCAUGCAGGGGACUUUACAAAACAUGGACUCCCAAUUGAAGUGAAACAGUUCAACGACUUUUUAGGAUCCAUGCCUCAUCGCGUGAAAGUUGUAAUAGCCGGGAACCAUGAUCUCACUUUCGACGACGACUUGGUCAAAAACAGACGGGAUUUCCUCGAACACAACUUCAAUAUCAACGAGGAUGUGUUUGAAAGGAAACUGGCAGAGUUUGGUGUGAACACGUGCAAGGAGCUUCUCACCAACUGUGUUUACCUUGAGGAUGCCUCAGUCAGUGUGUGCGGCCUCAACAUAUAUGGGUCACCUUGGCAGCCUCAGUUCCCUAACUGGGGUUUCUACCUUUCUCGUGGUGAGGCUUGUCUGCAGAAGUGGAACCUCAUACCAGACGAUACAGACAUACUGAUCACACAUGGGCCCCCUAUAGGUCAUGGCGACGCCUCUUUUUUUCUCCGAAAUCGUGCAGGUUGUGUUGAAUUGCUGUCCACGAUUCAACAGCGUGUGCAACCCAAGUAUCAUGUGUUUGGACAUAUACACAGAGGUUAUGGCAUAACAACGGAUGACGUCACAACGUUCAUCAACGCGUCAACUUGUACAAUGCUAUUCAGGCCUAACAACCCGCCAAUUGUGUUCGACAUUCCACUGCCCACUGGACACACCAAGGACGAACUGGCCUCUGUACAGCCCUGUAGGCUUACACGGCCUUUGUAGCAUUCAUAAAGUUAACACCUCCUGUUCUUAGGGUCACCUUCUUAGGCAUUGUCUCUAUCCUUUUUGAAUAAAUGCAAUAUUAUCUAUUAGAUCAGCAAAAUACAAUGUUUUGUGAAUGCAAAAACUUUGUAUGUUGAAAGCAAUUGUUUGAUGUUAUAAGCGAUUUAAUUCUAUGGACAAUUGCUCGUCACACAGGCACACAGUCCUCAUGUUUCCAAGUGGGUUGUGAUUGUUAUUUUCUGAACAUGAAUGAAUAAAUCUUUGCUGAUUCAAAUUA